AAGAACACAUAUAUACACUAGUUUUGCCUCAGACUCAAAGAUCAAACACUGAAUUAUCAAAAACUGCAAAAUAAUUCAUCAAUGGCUUUUUCUUCUUCUCCAAUCUUCAUAUCCACAGAGAAUUUACGAUCCAUCCUCACCCAUCAAACCCUAAUCAAUCACAUCCAACUCAAUCUCCCCAAAAUCUCAACUUUUCUUCAAACCCCAAUUCGCCAACACUACAAUCUCUCAACUUCUUCUUCCCUUCUCCUCAUGCCAUCUUGGUCUUCUUCCUCUUCAUACCCUUACAUUGGUGUCAAACUCGUAACCCAUUUCCCUCAAAACUCUUCAAUCAAUUUACCAGGUGUUCAAGGUAGCUAUGUCCUUUUCAAUUCAACAACUGGUCAAACUCUUGCUUCAAUGGAUUCAACUGAACUAACACUUUUCAGAACCUCUUGUGUUUCUGGUUUGGCUUCUAAGUAUUUAGCUAGAGAUGAUAGUGAAGUUCUUGUUAUGGUUGGUGCUGGUUCUCUUGCACCGCAUUUGAUUAAAGCUCAUUUUUCAGCUAGACCCAGUUUGAAAAAGGUGUUGAUUUGGAAUAGGACAGUUGAAAAGGCGGAAACUUUAGCGAAAAAAUUGAGUGAAAGUGAUGAAUUUUCGCUGCUUUCGGGGUUGAGUUUUGAGGGGGUUGGAAAUUUGGAUGAGGUUGUUGGAUUUGGGGAUAUUGUGAGUUGUGCUACUAAUUCUGAGACACCACUUGUGAAAGGUGAGAGGUUGAAGAUUGGGGCUCAUUUGGAUUUGGUUGGUUCUUUUAAGCAUUCAAUGAAGGAAUGUGAUGAUGAGGCUUUGAAAAGAGGGAAAGUUUUUGUUGACAAUGAAGCUGCAUUGGUUGAAGCAGGGGAGCUUGUUGGUGGUUUUGAAAGGGGAGUGAUUAAGGAAGAUGAAAUUGGGGGAAAUUUGGUGGAGCUUAUUAGAGGUGAUAAAGUUGGGAGAAGCUGUUUAGAGGAAAUUACUGUUUUUAAGUCUGUUGGUUCUGCUGUUGUUGAUAUGCUUGCAGCACAGUUUGUUUAUGAGACUUACACAAGGAAAUAGGUAAUAUAUUGAAUAUACAACUAAGUUUAUGCUUAAUAGUUCACUAAGGUUUUUCAAGUUUGUUUGAUAAGAAGAGGGAGUUACUUGUACAAGGGGAUUUAGUUUUUGUGCAACUUGUAAUGUGGACUAGGUCUAGAAGUAAAAGUUUGGCAAAAUAACUGCAGCAUAUUCGGUUUCCAAAUAAAUGUGAUUGAUAAUAACUUCUAUAAAUUUUAUAUGAUUUACUCUUAUAGUCUGUUUGAUUGUAUAUAAAUCUCAUAAUUCAAUC